AUGUCUUGGAAAGCCAUCGCUGCUCUGACUGCCCUUGUUGUCUCUGCCAUCGCUGCGCCUUCAAGGCGCGUCUCUUGUGGCGAUGGAAGGACGGCUAGCAAUGCUGUGUGCUGCACUUGGUUCAACGUCUUGGACGACAUUCAAGAGAAUCUUUUCGAUGGUGGAGAGUGCGGCGAGGAGGUUCACGAGUCCUUGCGUCUGACUUUCCACGAUGCCAUUGGCUUCUCCGAGAAGCUGACACGGGAAGGGAAAUUCGGUGGCGGAGGAGCUGAUGGUUCCAUCAUGGCUUUCGCGGACAUUGAAACAAAUUUCCACGCUAAUAUUGGAGUUGACGAGAUUGUCGAGGCCCAGCGUCCAUUCGCACUGGCGCACAAGGUGUCCUUUGGUGACUUCAUCCAAUUUGCUGGAGCUGUGGGUGUCUCCAACUGUGCCGGUGGUCCACGCCUGCAGUUCUUGGCUGGUCGCUCCAACCACUCCCGUGUAUCCCCAGACCUCCUGGUUCCAGAACCUAGCGACUCCGCCGAUACAAUCUUCGCUCGGAUGGCCGAUGCAGGCUUCAGUAUCACCGAUACUGUGGACUUGCUGAUCUCCCACACCGUCGCGGCGCAAGAUCACGUUGACCCCACCAUUCCGGGAACACCUUUCGACUCAACCCCGAGCAGCUUCGACGCGCAGUUCUUUGUUGAGACCCUUCUCGCUGGUAGCAUUUUCCCUGGCAAUGGGUCCAACGUUGGCGAAGUUCUUUCCCCCCUGGGCGGUGAAUUCCGCCUCCAGUCAGACUUCGUAAUUUCCAGGGAUGCUCGAUCUGCUUGCGAAUGGCAGUCCCUCAUCUCCAACCACGAACGAAUGGUCUCCAAAUUUGAGAGUGUAAUGAGUCGUCUUGCCACUGUCGGACAGAACCCACGGUCCUUGGUUGAUUGUUCCGAGGUCAUUCCCGUUCCGAAAGCCGUCAAGCUUCCCGCCCCGACGCUCCCUGCUGGUAAAACUAUUAGCGAUAUCCAGGCUGCUUGCGCGGCUACCCCUUUCCCGAGGCUUCAAGCGGCCCCUGGUCCAGCGACGACCAUUCCUGCAGUUCCUCCCUCUUAG